AUGUUGGUGGUAAAUGCUUCUACGAAUGGUGCUCUCAAGUCGAAGUCUUAUAAUGAGGCUUACGCAAUCAUCAAGAGAAUAGCUAGUAAUAUUUACCAGUGGCCGACAAAUCAAGCAACUUCAGAAAGACGAGUAACUGAAGUACAUGAAGUAGACGCCCUUACUUUACUCUCAGCUCAGAACAAGUUUCCUCCUAAGUUGAAGGAUCCAGGAAGUUUCAUCAUGCCUUGCAAUAUUGGAGAAUCCUAUAGUGGUAAGGCUUUGUGUGAUUUGGUAUCGAGUAUCAACUUGAUGCCUACGUCUGAGUGUAAACGGUUAGGUAUUGGUAAGGCUAAACGGACUACAAUUACACUCCAAUUGGUGGAUCAAUCUUUAGCAUACCCCAAAGGAAAUAUCGAGGAUGUCUUGGUUCAUGUUGCUAAAUUCAUAUUUCCUGCUGACUUUAUUAUCUUAGAUUUUGAAGCAGAUAAAUGA